AUGGCGCGAGGCUCCUCCAGCCCCACCCGCCCUCGCAGCAAGCGAGCGAGGACAGAGAGCUCCGCGGGGCCAGGAGGAGCCCACGAGACGAAGCUGGCAGCAGGCGACGCCCAGCCGGGAGGGGGAAGAAAGCAGACAGGAUCCGGGAAGGCAUGCGAGCACGGGCGGAUACGAUCUCAGUGCAAGGAGUGCGGGGGAGCCAGCAUCUGUGCCCAUGGGCGGGAGCGAGCUAAGUGCAAGGAGUGCGGGGGAGCCAGCAUCUGUGCCCAUGGGCGGGAGCGAUCUUUCUGCAAGGAGUGCGGGGGAGCCAGCAUCUGUACCCAUGGGCGGGAGCGAGAUAAGUGCAAGGAGUGCGGGGGAGCCAGCAUCUGUACCCAUGGGCGGAGGCGAUCUCAGUGCAAGGAGUGCGGGGGAGCCAGCAUCUGCAUCCAUGGGCGGAGACGAUCUCAGUGCAAGGAGUGCGGGGGAGCCAGCAUCUGUACCCAUGAGCGCCAGCGAGCUAGGUGCAAGGAGUGCGGGGGAGCCAGCAUCUGUGCCCAUGGGCGGGAGCGAUCUUUCUGCAAGGAGUGCGGGGGAGCCAGCAUCUGUGCCCAUCAGCGCCAGCGAUCUACAUGCAAGGAGUGCGGGGGAGCCAGCAUCUGCAUUCAUGCGCGGAGGCGAUCUCAGUGCAAGGAGUGCGGGGGAGCCAGCAUCUGUACCCAUGGGCGCGAACGAGCUAAGUGCAAGGAGUGCGGGGGAGCCAGCAUCUGUACCCAUGGGCGGAUACGAUCCCAGUGCAAGGAGUGCGGGGGAGCCAGCAUCUGUAUCCAUGGACGGGAGCGAGCUAAGUGCAAGGAGUGCAGGGGAGCCAGCAUCUGCAUCCAUGGGCGCCAGCGAUCUCAGUGCAAGGAGUGCGGGGGAGCCAGCAUCUGUUUCCAUGCGCUGAGGCGAUCUAAGUGCAAGGACUGCAGGCUGUCUCCCGCUGCAAGCUCUCCCGCCUGCCUCGGCCCCCAGCCCCCGCCAGACGUCGCCCACAUGCUCUCUGCCGGCACCGACCUCGCCGCUCUCAUCGCCGGGAGUGCAGGAGAGAUAGUGCUCUGCCAGCACGCCCAGCAGCGAUCGCAAUGCUUCGAGUGUAGGUCGAUCGGACGCCUCCCGACCGUCCCGUAG